AAUCAAAAGCUUCAAAUCAGACCGUUUAGGUUUCAAAGCAUGUGUUGACAUUCUUGAGAUCACAUGCUGGGAAAGGGCUGACAACAAACUAAAAAUGCAAUUUUAGCAUAAAUAUAUUGAUUUAUGUUCAAACUAUCAUGAGUUUUGGGAACACCUUUAAACAAGGGUACAAUGACAGAACGUUUGCAGACGCUUCCAAUACGAAAAUUUUUAGAGAAGAUGGGAUUAGUGCAAUACUUGGACAUGUUUUUAAUAAGGGGCUACGACAGUGAAACAGACAUUACUGCUCUAGACGAGAAUGACCUGGACACAAUGAUGAUCUCGGAUCCUGAUCACAGGCACCAAAUAUUACAGGCCGCGGCACAGUAUCGGUCUCCCGGAAGUUUUCGGAUUCUUGAUUGGUUACAACGUUAUGGCCUGGAACAUUAUUACGUCGGUUUCAUACAGAGUGAAAUUACGUCAAUGAACGAUGUGAGAAAUAUGAAAAUAGAUGAGAACCUGUUUGAUGAACUUGAAAUAACACUUCCUGGACACAAAAAGAGACUGAAGCGAGCAGUGACCCAGUUACAGAAGGAGCAGGCAGGAGACUGUCCCACCGAGGAUGUAUUAGCUUGUGGUCGGUGGAAAAAACCGGCCACGCUCAGCGACGCCAAGUUUGAUUUCCUUGUGGUAGAUGCCGGUAUUUACUCAACUAAGGAACCCUCUAAAUGUCGCAGAAUAGAGUUCAUGGUGGACACAGGCAGUGACGUGACCACGAUCCGACAGGAAGUUUUAGAUGAACUGGACCUGGAAGUUCUGGGGCGGAUACACAGUAAAGGUGUUCACGGGUCUAAAACCACGACCCUGUACAAAGCCAAAAUACUCAUAGGAAAUCAGGAAAUGGAAAUAGAGGUCAUGGGAGAGAGUUACGAUUCAUUAGGUAGUCGUGUUGUGCGUCAUUUCCGUCAUUACGUUGACGGCAGGCAUCACGUGUGGCUUCGCGGAAACUUCUGUGACCAAGACAGUAAACUGUGUCAAACAGCCAAACACCAGCCCCUGAAUAACGUGUCCACUCAUCAGUCACUUAUUUCUGAUUCUUUAAAUAGUGCAAUAUCUGCUUCCCAACCUAAAAAUUCUCAAGUCCAUGAACACCAAACAUCAGACAGUGCUAUGCAUAACAAUUCUACCUCCAAAAAGCGAAAGAGAUCGUCCACUGAGGAAGAUGGUCUUCCGUCCAAAAUGUCUUCCACGACAUAUCUUCAUGUAUCGCCAGAUGAAUUGGACCUGUGAUACAUUUGCUAUCAUAAGUGACUUUGAAUCAACUACGGGGCUUAUUAUAGAGCUGAAGAAUUCGAUUCUUGUUGGGCAUUUUAUCUUCUUGUAUAAUAUGAAAUAUGGUACACCUUCCGUCCAUAAGAAUGCGAUAGUCCUCUAGACUGUAUUUAUAUAAUAAAGCAUGCCAGUAUAAUAUUUAUAGGCAUUAUAGUUAAAUUAAAUAAAUCUUUAUUAUGAAAAAAAAGAUCAUUUGAACCGCUCAUCUAUGAUCGCUACUUAGCUGCACUGGUAUUGUUAGAAUCGUAUGUGAGCGUAUCAAAAGAUCUAUUUUAAUUUGAACGUAUUCUUGAAAAUAGAGUUAAUGAUGGUUGUUAUGUUGUGCUCUGAGUAUAUGUUGAAACUUGUAUGUGUGUAUUAAAAAUUAUAUACGUACCCAAAUUGA